CCCUUUGUGGGCCCGAUCGCUCCCACAUCUGGGCGCCACCGGGCCGGGCCGGGUUCCCUCCCGGAGGCGCAGCCCCAAGCAAGGCCCGAGAGUCCAGUUUGGAACCAGCCCCCCGGGAUGCAGUAGCGGCCGCUGCGCGGAGGCCGCCGCCGAGCAGCUGCAGCCGCCGCCACCGGGCAGGCCCCGCGCUGGCUCCGUGCGCCAUGGUCACCCACAGCAAGUUUCCCGCCGCCGGGAUGAGCCGCCCCCUGGACGCCAGCCUGCGCCUCAAGACCUUCAGCUCCAAGAGCGAGUACCAGCUGGUGGUGAACGCCGUGCGCAAGCUGCAGGAGAGCGGCUUCUACUGGAGCGCGGUGACGGGCGGCGAGGCCAACCUGCUGCUGAGCGCCGAGCCGGCCGGCACCUUCCUCAUCCGCGACAGCUCGGACCAGCGCCACUUCUUCACGCUCAGCGUCAAGACCCAGUCGGGCACCAAGAACCUGCGCAUCCAGUGCGAGGGGGGCAGCUUCUCGCUGCAGAGCGACCCCCGCAGCACGCAGUCCGUGCCCCGCUUCGACUGCGUGCUCAAGCUGGUGCAUCAUUACAUGCCGCCUCCGGGCGCGCCCGCUGCGGCCUCCGAGCCCCCCGAACCUUCCACAUCCUCCUCCUCCUCUGCGGGGGCCGGGGCCGGGACCGAGGAGGAGCCGGAGCAGCCGCCUCCGGGGACGAACACCCAGCCCAGGAGGGCCUAUUACAUCUACUCGGGUGGGGAAAAGAUCCCCCUGGUCUUGCGACGGCCGCUGUCCUCCAACGUGGCCACGCUCCAGCAUCUCUGCAGGAAGACGGUCAACGGGCACCUGGGCGCCUACGAGAAGGUCACUCAGCUGCCCGGGCCCAUCCGGGAGUUUCUGGACCAGUACGACGCCCCGCUCUAAGGAGCCCCG